AUGGUGAAGAUCGCAGUUGCAGGCGGCACCGGAAACGUCGCAACCAACCUGCUUAAAUCCACAAUCGCCUCCGGCAAGCACGACAUCACCAUCUUCACGCGAUCCGCCCCAACUAAACCGCAUGUUUCCCCCAAAGUCACCUACAAGCAAGUCGACUACACCGACCUCAAUGGCCUCACCACGGCUCUCCAGGGCUUCCAUACCCUCCUAUCCUUCUUCGUCGUCCACCUCGACACCGACAACGUCGCCCAGAAGAACCUAAUCCACGCCGCCAUCGCAGCAGGCGUCUCCCGCUUCGCACCCAGCGAAUGGGGCAUCGCAAACUACGCCGGCGUCCCCAGCUACGACAACAAAGACUACAUCCGGAAGUACCUCGAAGACCUAGACGCCAAGGGCGAACUGGGAUCGAUGCAGUACUGCCUCUUCCAACCCUCCAUCUUCAUGGACUACUUCGCGCACCCAUACCCGCUAGAACGCGACCUCUACACCUGGCCUUUCUUCCUCGACUUUGAGAACCGACGUGCCAUGGUUCUGGACGAUGGAAACCAACCCAUCGUCAUCACCGCCAUCCAAGACGACUGCGAGAUCCUCGCUCGCGCCCUCGACGACACGCGUCCAUGGCCGAAGAUCGGCGGUAUUAGGGGUUGCCGUACUUCCAUCAACGAACUCCUCGCUCUAGGCAAGAAGAUCAGAGGCGGAGACUGGCUCGUCGAGUAUGUCAAGAGCGAGGAUCUGGAGAAGGGGGAAUUGAAAGCGAGUUGGUUGCCGUUGAUCAGUCAUCCUACUGUUACGGAUGAGGUGAGGGAGGGUUUCAGCAAGCAGUUUGUUAUCAUGUUCUUUGAGGCGAUUAGGAGGGGGGCUUGGGAUGUUAGUGAUGAGUUUAAUCAGCGGUUCCCCGAGUACAAGUUUAUGAGCGCGGAGGAGUAUUUGAGUAGGGCUUGGGAGGGGCAGCCUUAG